GGGAAGGGGGAGUACAAAAGACUAAACUGUGUUACAUGUAGGGACCAACUCCCCAAGGUGAAUAUAUAUGUGUGUAUUAGUGCAAAUAUGCACUAAUUUAAAAAACAACUUUGUAUGUGGAUUAUUUGUCUUACCUAUAUGAAGAAUGAAGUUUGUUGAUAAUGUUAUUCCUCAUAAGUGCAUUGCUGUCUGUUUUUAUAGCUUUGCUAACACGUAAAGUCUUGAUUAUAUUCUUUUGAAUCCAUGUCUUUAUAAUCAUUAAGAUAUUUUAUUAUACUUAGGUAACAGGAAAAUGCCAUUAGAGAGCCAUUAUAAAUGGGGACUUAUUGGGGGAGCUGUGUAAAAUUUGCUUUUGAAGGAUAUGCAGGCUUUGAACGUUUUGUGGCUUUCUCAUGAUGAUACACUAUGGCUGGAUCAGAAACUUCAUAAUCUAAUUGGUCCUGAUUAAUCUUCCUUUUACUGUAGAACUGACAAGGAGAGAGAGAUUUAUUGAGAAUCUAUGCAUUUCUUGUUAUGUUAGUUUAAUCUUUAAAUAGGGUACUGUAGAGGGAAUCCAAGAAGAAAUUCUCCAUCCUCUGGAUUAGAUAAUUUUCACAGUAAAAUGAACUCUCAUCCUUGUUACUUUUUCCCCCUUACCCUGAAUAAAGUUGGAUUUUUAUUAAGCUGCUAAAUGUUCAUUAGCCAGGCUUCCUUGGAGUAUCCAACUGAAUCAUUAUGGUAUCUGUAUGACCAACAGAUACCUGUGAUCUUUUUGUAAGUUCUUUCUGUGGUGUCUAAUUUGAACGGAUCAGACACUUUGGGGAAUGCACCUUUAAAAUUUGCCUAGGUACCAAGUAGAACACAAAGCAGGAUUAUUUAUGCAAGUAAAUAUUGGCCAAAUACAAGUUAAUCAUAGUUUCCCCCUCUCAUUUAUAUGCUUCUGCAGGUGCUAUGUAGGGUCUGGGGCAUUUUUUCAAAAUAAUCUUCUCCCUGCUCUGCUCUUUAUUGGCCAGAUCAUUGUAGAUUAUUCAUAAGUCUUGAUGCUUUGUCUUGAUAUUUUCUCUCCCUUUGUCCUACCGCAUCUUUCUGUUUCUUUUAUAUCUUUAUUGAGGUGAUGAGUUCUUUCCAGAGGAAAAACAAGAAAUCCAGAAAAGGUAGAGUACUUUUACCUUCCUGUCGGUUUCCCUUCUCCAGUUUGAGAACUAACCAGUUCCUGUGUUUAUUUGAAUUAAGACUCUGUUUUUGCUAGCUGCUCCUGGAUUGUAAUUCUGGUCCCAUCUAAGGCCAGAAUCACCAGACACCUGAAAACAACCACAUUCACCCUGAGAGCAAAGGAAGAGAGACUUUGCUCAGAAAAAAAGAAAUCCAGAUAACCAACACUGCAGAGAACAGAGCCUGAGCUAAAGAGCCUGCCAAGAGAACCAGAGGGAACAUAUGAGGAGCUUACUGCAGUUUAUCAUUUGAAAUGCUUUGUAGGAAGAGGGAGUUUGAAUCAGCUUGGGUACUGACAAAUAUUGCUUCAGGAAAUUCUCUUCAGACCCGGAUUGUGAUUCAGGCAGGAGCAGUGCCCAUCUUCAUAGAGUUGCUCAGCUCAGAGUUUGAAGAUGUCCAAGAACAGGCAGUCUGGGCCCUGGGCAACAUUGCUGGAGAUAGUACCAUGUGCAGGGACUAUGUUUUAGACUGCAAUAUUCUUCCUCCUCUUCUGCAGUUAUUUUCAAAGCAAAAUCGCCUAACCAUGACCCGGAAUGCAGUAUGGGCUUUGUCUAAUCUCUGUAGAGGGAAAAGUCCACCUCCAGAAUUUGCAAAGGUUUCCCCUUGUCUGAAUGUGCUUUCCUGGUUACUUUUUGUCAACGACACUGAUGUAUUGGCUGAUGCAUGCUGGGCCCUCUCAUAUCUAUCAGAUGGACCCAAUGAUAAAAUUCAAGCAGUCAUUGAUGCAGGAGUAUGUAGGAGACUUGUGGAGCUGCUGAUGCAUAAUGAUUAUAAAGUGGUUUCUCCUGCUUUGCGGGCUGUGGGAAACAUUGUCACCGGGGAUGAUAUUCAGACACAGGUAAUUUUGAAUUGCUCAGCUCUUCAGAGUUUAUUGCAUUUGCUGAGUAGCCCAAAAGAAUCUAUCAAAAAGGAAGCAUGUUGGACAAUAUCCAAUAUCACAGCUGGAAAUAGGGCACAGAUCCAGACUGUGAUAGAUGCUAACAUUUUCCCGGCCCUCAUUAGUAUUUUACAAACUGCUGAGUUUCGAACUAGAAAAGAAGCUGCUUGGGCCAUCACAAAUGCAACUUCGGGAGGAUCAGCUGAACAGAUCAAGUACCUGGUAGAACUGGGUUGUAUCAAGCCUCUCUGUGAUCUUCUCACUGUCAUGGACUCUAAGAUUGUACAGGUUGCCUUAAAUGGCUUGGAAAAUAUCCUGAGGCUUGGAGAACAGGAAGCCAAAAGGAAUGGCACUGGCAUUAACCCUUACUGCGCUUUGAUUGAAGAAGCUUAUGGUCUGGAUAAAAUUGAGUUCCUACAGAGUCAUGAAAACCAGGAGAUCUACCAGAAGGCCUUUGAUCUUAUUGAGCAUUACUUUGGGACCGAAGAUGAAGACAGCAGCAUUGCUCCACAGGUUGACCUUAGCCAGCAGCAGUACAUCUUCCAGCAGUGCGAGGCUCCUAUGGAAGGGUUCCAGCUUUGAAGCAAUACUCUGCUUUCGUGUUCCCGUGUCAGACCAGGCUACGCAGUCGCGUUCUCGUGUGGAGCCCAGAGUCCUCAUGGAGCUAACUUCUCGAAUGUUUUCCAUAAUACUGUUUGCGCUCAUUUGCUUGCCUUGCGCACCUGCUCUCUUACACACACCUGGAAAACCUCUGGCUCUCCAUGGUGGAAUACCAUUGUAACAAAAGAGUAACCAGAACGGCCCACUCUUACGGAAAAAUCCCUAGGCUUUGGAGAUCCGCACUUACGUUAGAGUCGUGGGAAUAUACACAUACUAAUGUGGCUCCCUUUUUGUGGCGAAAAAGAGGACUCUUCCUCAAUCCCUUUAAAGUGAGGGAAAAAAUACUGACAUUAAAAUAUAAAACUAAACCUUCAUCUUGAAUUUCACAUAACUACUUGCGACAAGGGAGAUGUUUAGACCUGUUGUGUAUACUUCAGAGUACUUUCAUGAGUUCUUCCACAGUGAAUCCUUGGAUUACCUGGUGGCUUUUCUAGCCAAAUUUGCAUUAAUCCUUACUGAGAUUGGAUGGUUUUCUUUUCUCUAUUGGCACCAUUCUUCAGAUGUUAAAAGUUAAACCAUCCACUCCCUCACCUUCAGCCUUCAGUGAAUGUGCUUUCUAGUUGUCGGGAAUGCUGAGGAAUUAACACUUUUAACUCUUAAAUGUAAUACUGGUUUGCAGAUCCUUUAAAGCGGAAAGGAGAGGAGCACAUAUUAAUGUGUAUGGCUUUUGCUUCUCUUUGGUCUUAUGUGUCUUAGGAUUUGGAAGUGGUUCAGUUCCAGUGCUGGUAUGAAGAUUUAGUCUUUAGCCUAAACACACCUAUCUUGUAAUUCAGUUUUAAAAUAAGAAAAACAAACCCUCCAAUUUUCCCAGACUCAACCAGUGUGAUGAGAGGCUGUGUUUCUGCAAUAUAGAACAAUGUUUCAGGCUUUGUGGUCCUGAUCAAGGUCCUCAGUGAAUUGGAGUUUACCCUAGGUGCUUUUCUCCUCAGAAUGGCAGAUAACACUUUUAAAGUUACUUACUGGUUUUUCCCCCUUAGGUGCAGCUUGAUUCUAAUAUAGUUGUACUGCGUAUUUGAUCCCUGUAACAUAGCUUCCUUAUCUUUAAAAAUCAAAUCUCAGUAUGACCUGCUUACCCCACAUAAGGGCAGUGAUCUUUUUCUCCUAACCUCAUGGUUUCCUCAUCAUUUUUUUUUAAUGCUAGUGCCCUACCACACCCCAAUAAAACCAGUGUCCACCUUCUGGCUCAUUUAAUGGUGACUGCAAUCUGUACAUGCAAAUGGCGCUUCCAGUACUCUGUUCACUGAUCCACAUUUGUGCUUGGACUGGAAUGAAAAAAUAAGCUUAAUUGCCAAGAGAACUGCAAAUGAGUUCAAUACGACUUCUCGGUGCUAGUUGGCCAUCAUGAUUCAAUGUUGGGAUACUGACAGAGAAGAUAUUUUGAUGAUGUUCUGUUCAAAAUGAAUUCUGAAGGAAAAGUUGCUCACUUCUGUUUCAGAGCAUAUCCUUUUAAACUUCCUUAGAACUUACACUCUUCUAGAAUUCGUUGUAAUCCCAAAGUAAAAACUAUCUGGAGUUGCCCCUGACAAGCUAUUAUUCGUCUCUGGUAAAUCCUGCUGAAUGUAGGGGAUAUUCAGAGCUUUCAUACCUCAUCAUGAUAUUUAAGCAGCCAACUUAUGUGACCUGAUUUACACUUCUUUAAAAAAUUCACUUCAUUCAAAGUAGAUUCAAAGACAAAGGAUAUUUAUCAGCCAAGAGUGUGAUGCAUUCUUCGCUUCUAGUCUAGUGUCUGUGCUCUGGGAUGGAUACUGUCUGAUGUUUAUUGUUAUUGAUGGAGCAGCCACUGCAAAACUUGUCAACUCCAAUCCAUACUGUUAUUUUUUCUAGUGCUGCUUUGUGCUGAGAGAACAUUUUAGUUUACCGCACUUGACCUGUAAAAGACUUUGAUUCUUUGUAACUUUAGGGAUAAAUUAGGUGGUUAAUUUAAAGAACUUUCAAUGUUGCCUUUACAUCACAUUAAAGUAUAACUUCUUUCAGAAGGGUAAUAGAGCACUGAUUCAUAGUAAAAAUCUUGUUUUUAGCUUUGA